ACAACAAAUUUAAAUAUGAUUGCAUUUAUAAAGCAUAUUUUUAAAUUACAAUUCCUGCUUAUCAUCGUGGCAAUUUUGGCUGGUGUCUAUUAUCCGGAAAUUAUGGAAGUGUUAAGAAACCAAGUUUUACCAUUUGGCGAAAAAACUGUAGACGUGCGCUAUGAAAGUGCUGAAAAACUCUUAAAAACGGAGGAUGUUAAACUAUUUACCAAAGAAGAGCUAGCAACAUUUAAUGGUGAAAACGAGAUGCCCAUAUAUUUGUCGCUAUUGGGCAGGGUAUAUGACGUGUCUAAAGGUGCUAAACAUUAUGGCCCCGGUUGUUCAUAUAGCUAUUUUGCUGCACGUGAUGCUUCGGUUUCAUUUAUUACAGGAGAAUUUGAAAACUUUAUAGAGGAAGAAGCUGAUGAUGUCUUAAGUCUUAAGCCAGCGCAAAUGUUAAGUCUAGCAAAUUGGCAAAAUUUCUACGAAAGUGAUUAUGUCUUUAAAGGAAAACUAAUAGGACGUUUUUAUGAUGCUAAUGGAGAGCCCACCAAAUAUUAUCAUAAAUAUUUAGCUUUAUUAGAGCAGGCACAAGAUGCCAAAGCAGCCAGUGAAGAAUUAAGACUCAAAUAUCCCGACUGUAAUAUAGAAUGGUCGAAGGAUAAAGGUUCACAUGUUUGGUGUACCCUAAACAGUGGUGGCAAGGAACGUGAUUGGGUGGGCUAUCCUCGCAAACUAUUUCAGGUUGGCAGUGAUAACUUUAGAUGUGCUUGUUUGCGCAAAGAAGAUUUGGAAACCACGGAGGUGAUGGUGAAACCCUAUGAUGAUUGUGAGAUAUUUGCUCAUGAGUGUUAUUAUCAUGUAGAUUAAACUCUUUUAAGUUACUUCGUAGAGUAAAUUUCAAAUGCAAUACAAAUUUUUUUUGUAACUUAUGUACUUAGUGAUUUUUUAUAUACAUUAAUAUAUAUACAAAUUCAUAUAUAAUAAAUAUUUAACAAAUUUUGUAAA